CGCGGUUCCAAAAGUUUGUUGUUUUUUCGAUUUUUUGGCAAUAAACAAAUGACAGUUCUUCAAAUCGUUUUGACUAGAAUUUCAGUUUGCUUCUGUUGAAAUUUAGAUCGAACAGCUGGGUUUUCCAACACGAAGAAACCACUUAGUCAAUAGCUGAUCCAUUCGGGUAAAUCAUAAACUGGUUUUAAAGAUGGCUUCAUUAGAAGAUUUGAUCCCAACGGUCAACAAACUUCAAGACGUUACCUACGAUGCCGGUAUCGAUUCUUUGGAUUUACCAAUCCUAUCCAUCAUUGGUUCCCAAUCAUCAGGGAAAUCAUCCAUUCUAGAAACUUUAGUUGGUAAGGACUUUCUUCCAAGAGGUACAGGUAUUGUUACAAGAAGACCUUUGGUGUUACAAUUGAUCAAUAUUGCUGAAGAUUCGCCUUUGAUCCACAACUAUAACCAUCAAGCUCAACAACCACAAUCAACUACCACUACAACUUCCCCAGGGUCUCCAGAAUCCGGCUCAAACGAUUUCACUUUGGAAGACCAUCUAAGACAACAAAAGGGUUAUAAACCAGAAGUUCAAAAUGAGUGGGGUGAAUUCUUACACAUUCCAGGUCGUCGUUUUUACAACUUUUUAGAUAUUAGAAAAGAAAUUGAAAAUGAAACUUCAAGAAUUGCUGGUAAAAACAAAGGUAUUAGCAGAUUACCAAUCAAUUUGAAAGUUUAUUCUCCAAAAGUUUUAAAUUUAACACUUGUUGAUUUGCCAGGUAUUACAAAAGUUCCAAUUGGUGAUCAACCAACUGAUAUUGAAAAACAAAUCAGAAAUUUGAUCUUGGAAUAUAUUGCUAAACCAAACUGUAUAGUCUUGGCUGUUUCACCCGCAAAUGUUGAUCUUGUUAACUCUGAAUCAUUGAAAUUAGCUAGACAAGUUGACCCUCAAGGUAAAAGAACCAUUGGUGUUUUAUCAAAACUAGAUUUGAUGGAUCAAGGCACAAAUGCCUUAGAUAUAUUAUCUGGUAAAGUUUAUCCAUUGAAAUUGGGAUUUGUUGGUGUUGUUAAUAGAUCUCAACAAGAUGUUCAAAUGAAUAAAACCGUGGAAGAAGGUUUAAACACAGAGGAAGAAUUCUUCCAUUCACAUCCUGUUUAUAGAACUAUUUCAAACAGAUGCGGUACAAGAUAUUUAGCAAAACUUUUGAAUCAAACUUUGAUGAUCCACAUUAGAGAAAAAUUACCAGAUAUUAAGGCAAGAUUAAACACACUGAUGGGACAAACUGAACAAGAAUUAGCAUCGUAUGGUGAUGCAAACUUAUUCAAUAAAGAAGAUCGUGGUGCCUUGAUCCUAAAAUUGAUGACCAUGUUUGCCACCAAUUUUGUCAAUUCAAUCGAAGGUACCUCAUCAGAUAUCAGUACUAAAGAAUUAUGUGGUGGUGCAAGAAUUUACCAUAUUUAUAAUGAUGUCUUGGGACAAUCAUUAGGUUCAAUAAGUCCAACAUCAAACUUAUCAACUAAUGAAAUCAGAACUGCCAUUAGAAAUUCAACUGGUCCAAGACCUUCUUUAUUCGUUCCAGAACUGGCAUUUGAUCUGUUGGUUAAACCACAAAUUAAAUUAUUAGAAUCACCUUCUCAUCGUUGUGUUGAAUUAGUUUAUGAAGAAUUGAUGAAGAUUUGCCAUAACUGUGGUUCUCCAGAAUUAUCAAGAUACCCAAAAUUACAACAAAAGUUAAUUGAAGUCAUUAGUGAUUUAUUACGUGAGAGAUUAGGUCCAACUAUAUCGUAUGUUGAAAGCUUGAUUGAAAUUCAUAGAUCAUAUAUCAAUACAAAUCAUCCAUCAUUUGUUGGUGCUGCUGCUGCAAUGGCUAGUGUUGUUGAAGAUAGACAAAAGCAAAAAGAGCAAGAAAAGAAUGCAAAAUUACUUGAACAAAAUAAAUCAUUAAAACCAAAACUAUUACAAAGUGAUAUCAAUGGAUCAACAAAAGAUUUAGAUGAAGAUUAUGAAUCUGGUGAAUCUGAUAGUGCUAGUGAUGUUGGUAGUCAAUCAUCACAUGCUCGUCAUAACAGCAACAAUAAAAACGAAUCAAAAGAUUCAUUCUUGAAUUUCUUCUUUGGUAAAGAACAACAACAUCAAAACCAACAACAACAACAAAAUGGUAGCAAAUUUGUUAAUGGUCAUUCAAGACAACCAAGUAAAUUGGCAAAAGCAUUUGAAGAUAUGCAAAUCAAUAACAAUAACACCAACAACAAUAUUUCAAACAGUCAUCCAUAUGAUAGUGAACUCACUCUUGAUGAGGAAGAACCAAUUUUAAGUGAACGUGAACAGUUAGAAUGUGAACUAAUCAAGAGAUUAAUCACUUCAUAUUUUGGUAUUGUGAGAGAAAUGAUUCAAGAUCAAGUUCCAAAGGCAAUCAUGUGUUUAUUGGUGAAUUAUUCUAAAGAAUCUGUACAAAAUAGAUUAGUUUCCAAGUUAUACAAGGAUUCCCUAUUUGAAGAAUUGUUAUUAGAAGAUGCUGAUAUGGCUCAAGAGAGAGAAAAAUGUUCGAGAUUACUUGAAACUUACAGGGAAGCUUCUAAAAUCAUUAGUGAUGUUCUUUAAAUCAAAAAAACAACAAGAAACCUAUAUAUAGUAUCUUUUUAACCUUUCAAAAAAAAUCAAAUCAAA